AUGACCACAUUCCAAAUCCCUGGAUUGGAUUACGGAAGUGAUGACAGCUCACCAGAAGCAGAAGAAGUUCCGCAGGAAAAUCACAUGUGCAUCGACUGCUAUAGCAUAGCUAUGAAAAUUGUCCAACUACCAAGUGGAGCUCCAGUUCCUGACAAGUAUUUAGUAGUACAUGAGUUGACUAAUGAGGAGAUGGCCACAUUCGGUAAUGCGUUGAAAGAAACCGAUAUUGAUCCUGAUGGAGAUGAUUUUAUUCGUGAGUUUGCGUAUACACGAUAUUGUAGCCUCUUCUCAUUAUUUUAUACCUGUGAAAGGCGGUUCUUUUUCUAGAU